AUGGGUUGGACAUGGCUCACUUGUGUCGAGCUUUCGGUUCUGUCACUUGCCCUCCAGGCCCUGGCACAAAACACGGGACCCGGCGCUCCGGUCAGCUUCCAACAGCCUGGCUUCCAGAACCGCUACUACCAGGCCAGCGGCUAUCUGGGCUCCCGCGUGCUGGAGCACAACCGGACAACGCCGGACCGGCGCUUCGACCAGUACAUCGAGGUCCUGUGGCCCUCCAACGCCGUGGUCGACCGGGAAAGGCAGAUCUGGCUGUCUGAUCAGCGGCAGCACCAGAUAGUGCUGGUAAAAGCCACCAGCCGCUACGUGACCUGGCCGGCCUUCUACACGGAGUACGCAGGCGCUCGAGGUCUCCCCGGCCAUGUGGAUGGCAGUCGGCUGAAGGCGCGCUUCAACAACCCAAAGGGCAUCGUCAUCACGAUAGACCCCCGAAGGCCUCUGCGUCUCUACGUGGCAGACAGUGGUAACCACUGCAUUCGCGUCCUGAACUACGACUCGGGACGCGUUGCGACAAUCGCAGGCUCCAAGGACACGCGAGGUUGGAGGGAUGGGCCCGGACAGGAGGCUCAAUUCGACGAGCCUUCGGGCUUAGGCAUGGACUCUGAAGGUCUGCAUCUGUUCGUGCUUGACAACUUCCGCAGGAUCCGCUACAUCGAGCUGUAUCUCAAGAAGAAGACGGUGACCACCCUGGUGGGGGGCGCCUGCCGUGCCGUUUCGCGGUGGACGGACUAUUACUCCAUCAUCCAGCGGCGCGUGGGCUGUCACCCGGACUGGAAGGCCACAGCCGCCAAAGAACCGGUGGACGUCUUCGUUUCUGGGGAGGGCGUCUUCUUCUGUGCCGGACACAAGGCCACCUGCGCCCCUCGGAACCACCAUGCUCUGGCAGACCGCCUUGCGCCCCAGCUCUUGACCGAGGAGUAUGCACAGCAGCUCUUGGAGGGCGUUCCUCCAGAGGACCCUUACGACAUGCCCCUGGUCCUGCCAGAUGCAGACGCAUAA